GGGCUCCUCCACCCAGCGCCCGGGAUGCGCGCGCGCGCCCUCGCCCUCGUCCCCGUCUGCACGUCGUCGGUGCCGACUCUCGCCAGCCCCGGGCAGCGCGAGUGCGAGCGCCAAGGCCAGCCCCCCAGCCGAGCCCACGGGCCGGGCGCCGCGGGGAAUGUGAGCUGCGGGGCCGCCACGCGCCUCCGGCCAUGGACACAUCAUAUGAUGGUACUGAGGUAACUGUUGUGAUGGAGGAAAUUGAGGAAGCCUACUGUUAUACUGCUCCUGGGCCACCGAAGAAGAAGAAAAAGUAUAAGAUUCAUGGAGAAAAGGCCAAGAAACCAAGGUCAGCCUACCUUCUAUACUAUUACGACAUCUACCUGAAAGUGCAGCAGGAGCUCCCCCACCUCCCCCAGUCUGAGAUUAAUAAGAAGAUUAGUGAGAGUUGGCGUCUUCUCAGCGUGGCAGAAAGGAGUUACUACUUGGAGAAAGCCAAACUGGAGAAAGAAGGCUUAGAUCCUAACUCUGAGAUCUCUGCGCUGACUGCUGUGGUCCCAGACAUCCCAGGUUUCAGAAAGAUUCUCCCCCGCUCAGAUUACAUCAUCAUCCCCAAGAGCAGUCUGCAGGAGGAUCGGAGCUGCCCUCAGCUAGAACUCUGUGUGGCUCAGAACCAGAUAUCCCCCAAAGGAUCUUCCCUGGUGUCCAGCACUGGUUUGGAGACAGUAUCUAGUCAUGCAGCAGUGGCAGAGCAGUGCCUAGCUGUGGAGGCCCUAGCAGAAGAGGUGGGAGGCCUUACCCACCCAGGUGCUGUGCAGGAGAUCACCACCUCAGAGAUACUUAGCCAGGAUGUACUCCUGGAGGAGGCGUCUUUGGAGGUAGCAGAGAGCCAUCAGCCAUACCAGACAAGCCUGGUCAUUGAAGAGACAUUAGUGAAUGAAUCACCGGAUCUCCCCCCUGGAAGGCUGACUGUACCCCACACCCAGGUUGGGGAGAGUAUGUCAGUGGUGACGGUCAUGAGGGAUUCCAGUGAGAGUAGCUCUGCUGCACCAGCCACACAGUUCAUCAUGUUGCCUCUUCCUGCUUACUCAGUUGUGGAGAACCCCACCUCCAUCAAACUGACCACUACGUACACACGCCGGGGCCAUGGGACAUGUACGAGCCCAGGAUGCUCAUUUACGUAUGUCACCAGGCACAAACCACCUAAGUGCCCUACCUGUGGUAAUUUCUUAGGAGGAAAGUGGAUCCCAAAGGAAAAGCCAGCCAAAGUCAAAGUAGAAUUGGCUUCUGGUGUUGCCUCCAGAGGCUCUCUCCUGAAAAGAAACCACCAUGCUGUUACCACCGAGCAAAGUUCCGCAAAGGAAAAUGCCUCCAAACUGACUUUAGAGAACUCGGAAGCGGUAAACCAGCUACUAAAUGUGACCCCUCCAAGAGAAUUGAGUGAGGAGAAUGAGUGGGAGGAAGUGCUCAUCUCAGAUGCCCAAAUUUUGGUCAAGGAAGCUCCUGGAAGUCGACAAGGUAUCACUAAGACACCAACCAUCAAGAGUAGUGCACCUGAGGUUACUCUGGGGACAGUUGAGAAAGACACUCCUGGACCAGACAUGUCACCACCAACUGAGGGGACCAGCACCUCGAAAAAACCACAGGGUAAGCCAUUGAUCUGCUCACACCCUGGGCCAAGAGUUCCCGAGCUUAAAGGCAGAAUUCGGGGCAAGCCCUCAUUACUGGCUGCGGCAAGACCCAUGAGAGCAAUCCUCCCAGCCCCAUCUAAUGUGGGGAGAGGUAGCAAUGUAGGACUGCCCAGGGCCAGGCAGGCCUUUCCCCUGAAUGAUAAACCUCCCUCUAUGAGGACUUGUGGCCUGAAGCCAAGCACACUGAAACAGCUGGGCCAGCCUGUCCAACAGCCAUCUAGCACCAGUGAGGUGAAGCUACCAAAUGUCCCAGCCAACAGAGCAUCUCAGGUGAAAGUUGUUGAAGUCAAACCUGAUGUAUUUCCUCCCUACAAGAAUAGCUGCACAGUCACUCUGGAUUUGGGCUUGGCUACAUCACGAGGCCGGGGAAAAUGCAAGAAUCCUUCUUGUAGCUAUGUCUAUACCAAUAGGCAUAAACCACGGAUUUGUCCCAGCUGUGGUUUUAACCUUACCAAAAGAUCGACUGAGAAAACCGCCAAGGCUCUCGAGGCAAGCUCCCCACUCCCCGAGGUGCUAAAUGCCACGGAGCCCCUGAAUGCUGCCCAGAGGGAGAUCCAGCGCCAGUCCACACUGCAGCUGCUGCGCAAGGUCCUGCAGAUCCCCGAGAACGAGUCCGAGCUGGCUGAGGUCUUCGCCUUGAUUCAUGAGCUCAAUAGCUCCAGACUCAUCCUGUCCAACGUGAGUGAGGAGACGGUCACCAUCGAGCAGACCUCUUGGUCGAAUUACUAUGAGUCUCCGUCCACGCAGUGCCUUCUCUGUAGCGGUCCAUUAUUCAAAGGGGGACAAAACUCCCUGGCUGGGCCCCAGGAGUGCUGGCUGCUCACAGCCAGUCGGUUUGCAGUUGGUAACUGCCCAGUUAAGAUGAGUCUGAAUCCCCAUUGUCUGGCGCACAGCUUCAUGGACAUUUAUACAGGUCUCUUUAAUGUGGGAAACAAGCUGCUGGUGAGCCUGGACUUGCUUUUUGCAAUCCGAAACCAGAUCAAGCUGGGUGAAGACCCCCGCUUGUCCAUCAACUCUGUUCUGAAGUCGGUGCAGGAACAGACAGAGAAGACUCUGACCACAGAAGAGUUAAACCAGCUGCAGGAACUGCUUUGUAAUGGCUAUUGGGCUUUCGAGUGCCUCACUAUUCGCGACUACAAUGACAUGAUCUGUGGCAUUUGUGGUGUGGCCCCCAAAGUGGAAAUGGCCCAGAGGAGUGAAGAGAAUGUGCUGGCACUGAGAAGUGUGGAGUUCACCUGGCCUGAAUUCUUGAGCUCCAGUGAGGUGAAUGUAGAAGACUUCUGGGCCACCAUGGAGACAGAGGCAAUCGAGCAGGUGGCCUUUCCCACCAGCAUCCCCAUCACCAAGUUUGAUGCAUCUGUUAUUGCCCCCUUCUUCCCACCACUCAUGAGAGGAGCUGUGGUCAUCAACACAGAGAGAGAGAAAGACCCAGAUAUGCAGCCAGCACCAGGUGAUGGCAGUGCUUUGGUUCGGAUGCUGCAAGAGGGUAGCUGCAGGCUGGAGGAGAUUGGCUCCUACGACAAAGAGGACCUGCAGCAUCUGUUGCGUCAGUGCGCCAUUCCCUUUGGGGCAGAAGACUCCAAGGACCAGCUCUGUUUCUACCUGCUGGCCCUCUACAAAUCUGUCCAGAAUGGAGCUAGAGCCAGACAGCCCCCAGCCCACCUCACGGGGGGUAAGAUCUACAAGGUGUGCCCCCAUCAGGUGGUGUGUGGCUCCAAGUACCUCGUGCGGGGCGAGAGUGCCUUGGACCAUGUGGAUCUGCUCGCCUCCUCACGCCACUGGCCCCCCAUCUAUGUAGUGGACAUGGCCACACCUGUGGCCCUGUGUGCUGAUCUUUGCUACCCGGAACUGACAAACCAGAUGUGGGGAAGGAAUCAGGGCUGCUUUUCUAGCCCCACAGAGCCGCCCGUGAACGUGUCCUGCCCAGAGCUCUUGGACCAGCACUAUGCUGUGGAUAUGACAGAUGCAGAGCACUCUGUCCAGCAUCCAGUCACCAAGACUGCUGCUCGGCGCAUUGUGCACGCGGAUACCCAGCCCAGCCCUGCGGAUCCCAGUGCUGGACACCAUUCCUUGACCUUGUGCCCUGAGCUGGCUCCUUACGCAACCAUCCUGGCCUCGAUGGCGGACAGCAAACCUAACAAUGUCCGCCAGAGGCCCAUUGCCUUUGACAAUGCCACCCACUAUUACCUCUAUAAUCGCCUCAUGGACUUCCUCACCAGCCGUGAAAUCGUCAAUCGGCAGAUUCACGACAUUGUGCAGAGCUGCCAGCCGGGCGAGGUGGUCAUCCGAGACACCCUGUACCGCCUCGGGGUGGCUCAGAUUAAGGCAGAGGCUGAGGAGGAGGGGGCAGGAGAGGAGGUGCCGGCAGUGGGCCAGCUUGUCUCUCUGAAGCCAUAGUGAGGCCUCCUUGCAGGAUCUCUGAAGCUGGGACUGACCAAAGAGCUUCCAUCUCUUGAACACACGGGGCCUCUCCCAGGUUGGGACAGGUAACAGGUCCCUCCUUGUUAGGACACAUGAGCAUGGGGCCUCCGUGGCAUGUUUGCAGAUGGAAGGGGAGUCUGGGGUUCUUGGGCUGACUGCAGGGUUCCAGCAGGGCCACAGUGGGAAAGGGCACUGGAGUCUCCCAGGGAGCCAGCCCUCUCCAGCCCCUGCAGCCACUUGUCCCUUAGUCUGCUGCCUUUGGCCUAGGGCUGAGGUCCCUUUGGCUCAGAGGAGAGAUGUGGUCUCUCUCCUGCUUCUCCUAAAGGCUUUGGGGUAGCUGACUGCCCCAGACUACACUACUCCAAACUACGUAGGUGGUUUCCUUACCCUGUGCCCUCCACCAGAGUGUCCCCUGCCCUUUCCUCGACCACUACUGCUGCACCUGAACCUCUGGCCCUGGGCCUUAAGGCCUGUGCUUGCCUGGUGGCGGGAGGAAUCAUUCCCUUCUGUGAAGGGGAAGCAGAUGGGACGGGAAGGAAAUAGUGGGACAGCUCAGUGUCCGGGAAAUGGAUGUCAUUUAAUUUAUUAUAGAGGAGUGAAGUCAUUGGCUUUCUCCUCCCUCCUCCCUUGAUGAAAAUAAAGUUUAUUAAAGGGU